UAACUUUUUUUUACCAAGGGGAAUUUUCACAGAACACUUGUGACAAGUAGUUUCUUUUCAAUCGAGAACUGAUGAUUUGAUUGUCAGAUUUCCGAAUUAAGGAGGAAUUAGUUUUUAAGCGAUAAUUAUAAUGGGCCGGUGGAUAUCAAUGGGCCAAACGAUGACCGACAGUUUGAAAAUUGUCUUAUUUUUCACUAUUUUACUGUCUCAAUUGCAUUCAAUCGCCACUGUAAGUAAACGAAAAAACAGAAAAGCAACCAUACAGUCUCAAGUAUCUGUACGGGAUUUUACCCCACAACUUGUGACACCUAUCUUUGAAGUGAUGCGCCGAUAUGGCGAAGCUGAGAGAGAUGAAGUGAACAAGAAAAUUCAGAAUCGAAACAAAAAAACACCGAUAUUUAAUCAAUAUCUUCUUAUAACUAUUGUGUCCGAUGAGGAAAUCAACCAAGCUGAAAGUUGGGGAAAAUCGUUUCCAAAGGAGUUUUUAGAAAAACGUAGAAUUGUUUUUCUCUUAAACGAACGUGACCACGGGAAAGAAUAUUACAAUCCUGAUCGGGAGCUACACGGUGAAAUAAAAGCUAUUCACUUUGGCGAGAUUGACAGAUUGAUGGGUGACUUCAAAAGAGACCCAAAGACAAAAUAUAAAUAUCCAAUUAUGUUACUGUAUUCUCAUUACAUUCCCUGUGCGCAUGUGCAAAACUUAGGUUACUCGUGCUCAGAAGAGCUGAUGAACUAUGCUAAAGGAAGAAUACAUGAAUUUACCAUGCUUGUAGCAUAUACGACCGUUUUUAAGAAUACUGACGAAAAGAGUUCGUUUGAUUUCAUGAGGAACGGGGGAAUUAUUGCAUUUAUGCGUAUGGCUAAUGGUCCAUAUGUCCAUAAGUUAAAAGUUUACACUCCAAACAGUAUCGAUGGUAUAAAGAGAACAUUCCAAAGGGAAGCAUAUGAUUGUAUAACUGACUUCCCACCAUCAAAGUGUUGCACAGGUAACCAAAAUAAUAGAGCUAACAUCACAACAUAUUUCAUAAAUUAUCUAACGUACGAGUGUAUUUCGAAAUCAAAAUCAACUCGCUUGUUUACCGAGUUGUCAAGAAAUCAGUUGAAAAUAUGUCUUAAAAAAGAAAUUGAUAAAAACAUCGGAGACGACUGUAUACAAUGUAGCAGAAAAAACCCAGAAUCGCUUAGAGCUACAAGAGCUUUAAUUGAGUUUUGUUUUGAUCGUUCAAUCGAAGUUUCCGAAGGUUUAGGUAAACCUCGUAAUAAUAUUUAUGACCCUGAAUGGGUGCCGUGUACGAAUUGUAACUGGAAUGUAAUAUACGAACCUCCUGGUCCAAAGAGCGACAAAGACAAGUUGCCAAGAGUGAUGUGUGCAAACAGUGCUUGUUCUAUGGAGUCACUUUGUUCGUUUUAUGAACAGAACAAGUCGAGAUAUAGCAAACCUUUUGAGAAGUGGCUUGCGAAGAAUGAUACACAAUAAAAUCGGGAUCAAGACGUUUCCAAAAAAUCCAUUUGACUUUUAUGCAUUAAAUUCUCUUAUUUUGUAAUUUUGACUGAACAAAAAAUUUGACAUAAAAGCAAUCGUACUAUAAGAUCAUUGGCCUUUUGAUUCUGAUUUGUAAAAAGGAGGACGGUGACAUGCUCGCAUGUUCACGAUAGCUAUACAAUCAAGGAGGAUGAAAAACACUUAUUCCUUUACCGUCAAUGUAAUGAAAACCUUAGAAAAAAAUUAUUAAAAAACUUUAUUUCGCACAAGAAAAACAGAAAAAUUAGAUAGAAUAUUAAACCCAUGUUCCAUAGAACAUAUGCACAGUAAUUGCUCCUUUUUCAACAGUCAUUGAUACUUAAGUCAAGAGAUUUUUCUAAAUUCAAGUUGUCUUUUCUUCUGGUUGUCACAAACAUCUACAUGCCUUUAUGCAAAUAAAUAUUCGUAAUGAUAAAUAAAUCUAUUUGGUUCAU